AUGUUGAUUCACGUUCUAACCUGUUUUUUAUUCUUUUCAUCAAAAGUUUUUGCUGGACAGGAACUGUCAUCAAUUAAAGAUAAUGAAUGCAAUUCUGAAACUGCAUCAUGGACUUCAUGGUUCAAUACACAAAACCCGAAAAAAACAAAUGGUAACGAUAUUGAAGAUAUUUCAAUGAUUCGAAAAUUAUAUGCAGAAACAGCUCGAUGUGAUACAGUUUUAAACGUUGAAUAUUCUGUUUUGGGAAAAUCAAAUAAUGAUACAUCAGUUUAUCAAACAUUAAUUAAUAAUAAUGGUGUUUUUUGUAUGGGCUCAUCAACAUCACCUUGUCCAGAUUACAGUGUUCGUUUUUGUUGCCCACUUGAACGACAAUAUAUAUCACAACAAUGUGGUCAAACAUUUCGUCAACCUCAUUUAAAUUCUGCUCUUCGUAUUGUCAACGGCUUUGAAGCAGUACCACAUUCAUUACCAUGGGCUGUUUCAUUACAAUAUAAGGGUGCACAUGAUUGUGGUGGAGUUAUUAUUGAUCAAUGGCAUAUAUUAACAGCUGCACAUUGUUUGGAUUAUUCAAAUGAUCUUGAAAAUUAUUAUGCUCGUAUUGGUGCACAUAAUCGAUUUACAUCUGGACAACUUAUACCUAUUGCUGAAUUGAUCAUACAUCCAACUUAUAAUGAACCACGUUCAACAGAUGAUAUUGGAAUUAUACGAUUAGCUUCACCAAUUAUAUUUUCACAAAAUGUUCAACCAAUUUGUCUGGUUGAUAGUAUCAUUGAACCACCACUUGAUACAACUGCUUAUGUUGCUGGCUGGGGUAAUACUGUGCACCAAAUGUGGAAUAGUUCAAGUUCAGUUCUUCUUCAGGCACGACUUCGUGUCAUAUCCGAUUGUUCAAUGUAUUUUGCCUAUGAACCUGAAAAACAAAUUUGUACCGUUCAUAAUGGACCUGCAAAUAUAGAUCAUGGAUCAUGCCAAGGUGAUAGUGGCGGUGGUUUACUGUAUUUUAAAAAUGGUCGUUGGUAUGUUGCUGGUGUAGUUAGUUACGCUAUUGGAUGUGGUCGACAAGCUUUUCCAACGGUAUUUACCAAAACAGCUGCUUAUAUUGAUUGGAUUCGAACGAUAAUCAAUCGUCCAAUGUCAAAUUAA